AAUAAGAGAAAAAUAUGCUUUAGGGAUUGUUACUUUUUUUCCUUCUCUUAAGGAUCCCUUUUCUACAAAAGGAUAUGUAAGUGACCAAAAUCUUUUUUUUUUUUUUAUUCUUACUGGCAUGCAGUUUAUUAUGCUCUAAAAGAUUUAAGAGAUGGCAUAUAUAAUAGUUUGUUUGCUUUUUAUUUUAUUUUUUAAGGAACAUUUUUAUGAUACAGAGAGUGGUACUGGUUACCUUGCUUGGCGACUAAAAAUGGUGCAGUGCAAGACUUUGUUUCAAAGUAAGGAAGUAAAACAAAAUAAAAAUGGAGGUCCAAGUUCAGUGAGAGAAAUUCUUUAUCCAGAAGAACAGCUAACUGGAGACAGUUGGAGAGAAGCAGUAUCUUUCCUGACUCAUUGUUCAGAUAAAGUACUAAUUUAUGAGAAAAUGAGAAAAACAUUUCAAUACCACCAGCAACUGGUGCAUAUAACUAAGAGAAAAUGACAUUUGUACUUACUGUCAUUCCUAGAUUUUUGGAUACAAAAGGCUUGGUAAAUCAAGAUUUCAGUCUUUUAUUUGGCUCUGACACAUCUUCCAAAUUGUUUGAGAAGUGGGAUACCUGCUUUAAGUUUAAGAUUAAUAAAGAAGCGAGAUCUCUGACAGGUCAGAUGGCUGGUUUGAAUAUUCUGCUGAAGUGUGCAGAAUCUACUUUUGAUUUUGAAGAUCACGGAUCAUCAGGGUUUAUUGGUUGGGAUGCAGACAUGGCCUCAGUUUUAUUAUUAGUCUAUCUUUUGCCACCACUGGCUGGAGGAAAAAAAGUGCCAAAAAUCACCUCUAGUGGGGCAGUUGACCAUAUGGUACAGUUUCAUAAGUCAUGCUACAGUAUUGAUGAACACCUCAGCCAAAGUGAAGGUCGCCAGCCUUACCAUCUGGCAGUAGGAACAACAAAGGCCAAGAUCCAUGACUUUUAUAUUGUCCUAGACAAACAGCUUAUGCCAUGUCAGGCAAGAAGUUCUUUGGGAGCAUUCAAUGAGCUUUUUAAGAUGCUCAUUUUGUAUUCAGUAUUACCUAUGAUAAGGCCUAUUGUAUAUACAUUCUUGCAAACAACUGUUUACAACAUUGAUAUUGGACAUGUGAAGGAAUCACCAAGGGUUAAAGAAUUAAGAGCAAAAAUAUUGAAUAAUUAAACUUAUUGAUUGCUGUUCAGUCAUCAUAAUGACAAAUAUGUUAAAGUGCUUUUCGUACUUGUUGUCAUAUGCAGAUAGCAAUACAUUAAUUAGGCAUUUGAAAAUAGCUCAUGGAUAUUAGCCUGGUAAAAAGUAAAGACAUACUUGUUCUCAAGAAGGAUGCUCUCGGAUAUUUUACUCAUAUGCUGGAUUUAGAAAACAUCUCAAUGUCGCCCAUGUAAAUGAUACAAGACAAUGUGUUUACCCUGAAAUUACACAUACAUUGAAUUCUUCUGAUGAAAACCAAUGUGUUUGCCCAGAAAUUACAAAUGUAUUUAAUUCUUCCAACAAGCAUGAUGCAAUUUUGGAAUACCUGAUAUAAUUUAGAAAUUACCUUGUAUAAUGUCUAAAUUAUUGUUAUUUGGCCUAUGUUCUAUAUAGAAAUUGUUAGUUUGUUCAUGAUCUGACAUUUCAGAGUUAAUUUCUGCAUGUUAAAAAUAUAUUGUUUAGUUUAAUAUUACUGUACAUAAUAAUUGGGAUAGUUAAUUUUUUUUUGAGGAAAUAAUAAGGCAUAUUGAUGUGUAACUUACGUCUUUAGUUAAUGUUUCAAAUAAGAUAAAAGUGAUGGUGUAAAUAAAAACUGUUAUGGUGUAGGCCCUUUUUUUACUGUUUCAGUAGUUACUGUGAAAACCAUCAUUCUAUGCACCAGCAAAUUAGACAAAGCUAGUAAAAGCAUAACUGUUUUGAUGCAAAAAAAAAAAAAA